UCAUUGGAAGCUAUUAAUUCAAUUCUAUCAAUGGAUGAUACAAUAUUAAAAAACAUUGAAAGUGAUGAUGAUAAUGGUAAUGUUAAAAAUGAAAUGUGUAUUCCUACUUCUAAUAUACAUGAAAAAACUUUAAGUAGUUUUGCACAUGAAUGGAGCACUUGUGAUAUAUUUGAAAUGCAUGAAAAUUGUGAAGAAGCACAAUCUGCUGAUAACAAAAAAGAAUUUCCAACAGAACAGGUCAACCAAGGUGCUUUAACUAUUUCUCAUAAUAUACCUAAUGAAGCAAAUACUCAUUGGCAGGAUAAUACAUUAUUGAAUGAAACAUUUCUACAAUUUCAUUCUUGUGAUGUAGUGGAUGAGUUACAAUGUUUACCUCAGGAUAUUAUUCAAGCAGCUGAAAAUUGUUUUGAAAAAAUACCUCUCACAGAAAUCACAGAUUCAAUGUAUUUGUCAAAGAAUGAACAGCAGAAUAAUAAAUCAUUAAAAAGAAACUUAGUUGGUCAGAGUAAUGAUAUUUUGAAUAAGGUAUACUGUUCUAAUGAUAAAAUAAAUCAACAGAAUAUAAAAAUUCAUCACACAAAUUCAACGAGCAAUGAUACAUUUUAUGGUUUACCAAAAAAGGUGCAAGACCUUUUUUUCCAAGUUAGAGGUAUUGAAACAUUGUACCAAUGGCAAGAUGAAUGUUUAAAUUUAAAUGCAGUAAAAAAUAGAAAGAAUUUGAUUUAUGCUCUCCCUACUAGUGGAGGUAAAACAUUAGUUGCAGAAGUAUUAAUGUUGAAAGAGCUUAUAUGCAGUACAAGGAAUGCAAUGUUUAUAUUGCCAUUUGUUGCUAUAGUACAGGAAAAAGUUCAAGCAAUGACACCAUUUGCACUAGAAUUAGAUUUUUUAAUUGAAGAAUAUGCAGCAUCAAAAGGAACAUAUCCUCCAAAAAAACGUCGCAAAAAGAAGAGCAUGUACAUGUGUACUAUAGAAAAGGCAUUAGGUUUAAUAAAUAGUUUAAUAGAAGAAAAUCGGUUUAAUGAAAUUGGUAUUAUAGUUGUGGAUGAAUUACACCUACUUGGUGAAAGUGGAGGAAGAGGUGCUGCAUUAGAAGUUCUUCUAACAAAAACAUUAUUUGUUAAUGAAAAUAUUCAUAUUGUUGGAAUGAGUGCAACAAUAGGUAACUUAAACGAAGUAGCUGAAUUUUUAAAUGCAGAUUUGUAUACUGGAAACUUUCGUCCAGUUGAAAUUAAAGAAUAUGUAAAAUGUGAUGACAAUAUUUGGUUACUUGAUUUAAAAACAGAAGAAUUGUUAACUGAUAUAAAAAAAAUCAAUUAUCGUUAUUCAAACGAGGCAGCAAUCAUAGAUCCUGAUCGAAUUGGAGGUUUGGUAAUGGAUAUAGUUCCUGGAGAUUCAUGUCUCAUAUUUUGUUCCAGUCGUAAAAAUUGUGAAAAUGUUGCUCUAUUAUUAACUAAAGUUUUGUUCAAAUCAUUGGAAAAUUACAAGAAAGAUGACAAACAAAAAUUAAUAAAUGCACUUGAAAACGAAGAAGGUCUUUGCCCCAUUUUACGCAAAACUAUAAUAUUUGGUGUAGCCUAUCAUCAUUCUGGCCUUACAUCUGAGGAAAGACAUUUAUUGGAAAAUGCUUUUAAAGCAGGAACUCUAUGUGUAAUAUGUUGUACAUCAACUUUAGCAGCUGGUGUUGGGAAUCAGUUUUUAAAUUUAAGUAGAUAUAAACAAAUGGUAGGAAGAGCUGGUCGUGCUGGCAUGGGAAAUAUAGGAGAAAGUAUACUGAUAUGCAAAAAUAAUGAGCUGCAGAAGGUAAAGGAACUCUUAACAUCUAAAAUGAAUGAUUCUCUAAGUACCUUACAUGUGGACAAAGAUAGAGGUAUACAUAACUUAAUUUUAAGCGCUAUAUUCUUUCCUAUAGCAACAACCAGAUUUGAAUUAUACAAACUGGCAAAACGGACAUUGCUUAAUAUUCAAGAAAAACGUUUAAAUGUGAAUAUUAAGCAAAUUGUGGAUGAAGCAAUAACUAAAUUUUUAAAAGCUAAUGUAAUAAAAGUAAAGAAAAAAGAAGAAAGAAAUUUUGAUGUAUUCAGAUCAAAUAUUAGCGUUGUUUUCCCAUCACAAGAUAUGUCUUGUAGCAGCACCAGUCCAGAAACAAAACAGAAAGAAAGAAUAAAGAUUACAAAUAAGACUAAAUUAGAACUUUGUAAUCUCGGACGUGCAGCUAUAAAAGGUUGCAUUGAAAUGCAAUGUGCAUACACACUGUAUCAAGAUUUGAAAAAAGCUCAGGAGCACUUAAUUCUUAUUGAUUAUUUGCAUCUUUUGUAUCUCGUUACGCCAUAUGAUAUAAUAUCUCAGAUAAAGCCAGUAGGAUCAGUUUAUUAUGAUGUGGUAACUAAUUUAGCAGAAACGCAGAUGAAAACAGCCAGGCUUCUAGGAAUUAAUGAAAUAAGUAUCGGUAGAAUCCGCGAUGGACUAAUGCCGAAGAAUGUAGAACCACGAGUGGUUCAGAGAUUUUACAUAACUUUAAUACUAUAUGAUUUGUGGACUCAACAUGCAGUGUAUGGUGUAUCAGAAAAAUAUCAAGUGAACAGAGGACUUAUACAAAAUCUUUUGAAUACUGUCGCAUCGUUUGCAUUUUCUGUAGUUCGGUUUUGUCAGGAAUUGGAGGAAUUUUCACCACUCACAGAAUUAUUAAACACAUUUAGUAAAAAAUUAUCUUAUUGUUGUCCUCUGGAGUUAGAAGCAUUAAUGGUUUUGCCAUUAGUAAAGAUUGGUAGAGCACGUCAAUUGUAUAAUGCGGGAUUUAGAACAGUGCAGUGUAUAGCUAAAGCAAAUCCAUCAGAUUUACAAAACAAAAUCCCGUACUUAAAUAAAAGAGCUGUGAUACAAAUUAUAGAAGCUGCUAAAUUAAUAAUCGUGGAAAAAGUAGAAGAUUUAAAGGAGGAAACAGAAGACUUUCUAAGUGGAAUAAAUAUAAAUACCUUAAGAAGAUGUUAA